AUGUCUAUGGACAUGAUCUAUGAUGUUCUAUUAUUGAUCCUGUUACCAAUCCUUCUUGUGAUAGUCUCGUUCAAUUUCUUGCGACAUAAGCAAUGUUGUCAAAGAGAAAAGAAGCGGCUUCCACCAGGGAACAUGAAGUUCCCAUUGAUUGGUGAGACAAUAGAGUUCUUCAAUGCUCAGAGGAGGAACCAAUUGUUCGAGGAAUUCGUCCACCCACGAAUUCUAAAGUAUGGAAAGAUCUUCAAAACAAGGAUAAUGGGAUCUCCAACCGUGGUUGUUAAUGGCUCUGAAGCAAACAAAUUCUUUCUAACCAAUGAGUUUAAGUUGGUGAAGAGUUCUUGGCCUUCUUCCUCUGUUCAGCUCAUGGGAACUGAUUCAAUUAUGGAGAAAGACGGCGAAAGGCAUCGAUUCCUUCGUGCCUUGAUUGGAACUAGCCUUAGCUAUGCAGGACUAGAGAAUCUAGUUCCAAAACUAUGCAACCAUGUUAGAUUCUUCCUGGAAUCUAAAUGGCAGGGUCAUGGAAACACAGUUAGUCUUUAUCGGUCCACCAAAAUCCUAACUUUUAGCAUAGUUUUCGAGUGCUUGUUGGGAAUCAAAGUGGAACAAGGGAUGCUAGAGACAUUUGAGAGAGUUCUAGAAGGGGUGUUUUCACCGGCAAUUAUGUUCCCUGGCUCGAGGUUUUCGAGGGCAAAGAAGGCAAGGAUGGAGAUAGAAAAGGCUCUUACCAAAGCAGUUAGAGAGAAGAGGAAGGAGAUGGAAGAGAAUUUGCAUAAUGAGAAAGAUGGAAUGCUUCUUUCAAAAUUGGUCAAUGGAUUGAUACAUGGUGAGAUUAAUGAAAAAGAGGUCAUUGAUAAUGUGGUGUUGUUGGUUUUUGCAGCUCAUGAUACAACUUCUUUUGCCAUUGCUAUGACUUUCAGGAUGCUUGCAGAGCAUCCUGAAUGCUAUAGAAAGUUGUUUCAAGAACAUAUUGAUAUAGCGAACAACAAAAGAAGAGAGGAAAAUUUAUCGAUCAACGAUAUAAAGAAGAUGAAGUAUACAUGGCAAGUUGCUAGAGAAAGCAUGAGAUUGUUCCCUCCUAUUUUUGGCUCUUUUAGGAAAGCAAUUACUGAUAUUGAAUAUGAGGGAUACACCAUACCUAAAGGAUGGAAGGUGUUAUGGACAACGUAUGGGACACAUUACAAUGAAGAGUAUUUUAAGGAGGCUCAAAGUUUCAAGCCAAGUAGGUUUGAAAAAGAAAUACCACAAUAUGCAUUUGUUCCAUUUGGAGGAGGACCAAGAGUGUGUGCUGGGUAUCAAUUAGCAAAGAUCAAUAUACUAAUUCUUGUGCAUUAUGUUGUGACAAGAUAUGAGUGGUUCUUACUUCAUCCACAGGAACCAAUCAUCAUGGAUCCUCUUCCACUCCCAUCCCUUGGAAUGCCAAUUAGAAUUUUUCCCAAGCAAAAUUAA